AUGUCAGAUUGCGAUAGCCACCAAGAGCUUCUGAAUAUUCCCCAAGAAGACGAGGAUUUAGUCACGCUGUACCAACAUGCUGUGGCCGAUGCUUCUAUCGGCCCAAAAGACUACAACGAAAUCUAUACCAGGUCUUCAAAUCCUAUGCCAGAGAACUCAGCGAAGAACACCCAUGAGGGCACAGCACCUAGCCAAGUCAUCGUCGACAGAUAUCGACCCCAAAAUACUCAAGACUCUGACGACAGGUCUGCUGACGACGAGCCUUCAGAUGAUAAUAUUGGGACAUUGAUUGUAGACGAUAAGGAUUUUGACGAUCUGCAGAUGCUCCGUCAGUUUCUGAUCGGAAGUUCCGCUUUUGUGACACUUCAGACGCGCGUGCAGAACUUUGUCAUGCCAAACGCGUCAAGAGCUAUAAUGUUAGGACUUCAGAGUCCAUUGAAGGAGACAGAAAGGUCGACAGAAGCUGCGGACGUCAGUAGACCAGUAACAAAGCCCCCAAGGACGUGGCAGACGUGGCAUCAGGGUUUGACCCUCACAAUCGACAUGAUGGGCGACGACGUGUUCGUGAUACCGCAUGACCGAGCAUGCCAGUCAGUUCCACCGAUAAAAUUACCGCCAAUACCAUAUCAGUGCCUCCUCUCCCUGUUCACCUGUCAGAGUGGGCCACACGAGUCGAGCAGAUAG